CUGCUCUGCCGGUGAGACGAGCCCCGCGGAGCCGCAGCUCGCCGACGACACAACUUUCCUCCGCGAGCGCGCGGUGCUCCCGGCCUGGCCGCCUGCCUGCCAGACCCUGCCAGAUCCUGCUGGAUCCUGCCAGACCCCACCUGCUGCAAGCCCCUGCGCAGGGAACACUUUCCCUGGCAGCGCUGCGGGCACCGUCCUCUGCGCCCGCCACCAUCCAGUGCCACAUGGGCGCUGGGUGCCGGAGAGGGGCAGCCGCUUUCCCCGGCCUCUAAAGUACCACAGGGCUUGGCCGGACCCCUCGGCCAGGGCGAUGCCACCCCAGGUCCCUGUCCACACCCCCUGAGGACCGGUGCUGCCUCCGACCAGGCUGCACGAUGGGUGCCGGGCUGGCGUUGGGCAUCGCCGGCCCCGGAGCAAGGGCGAUGCGGAACACGGCACAACCCGGCGCUACCUCCAUGCGCGGUGAGCAGCCAGUCCUGGCACUCAGCGUGGCCGCGUGAAGGGCUCUCCGACACCAUGGCCCCGGGCAGGCGAGCGUAAGCCUCCGUCCGCCGGCGGCACUGGCGAGGGGGAGGAAGAUGCCAACACCUCUUCGGCGCUGCCUGGCCUGUGGUCCCCCUCACCCGGGCGCGGCGGCCGCCACAGCGGAGCAAUGGAUUCCUUCUGCUUUGUCUGCUUCCAGAAAGAGGAGCUGCAGCCCCUGCACCUGCACAGCGCAGCCAUGAGCGCGGGUUCGAUUGAGCAAGAGCCGUCGCGCAAGCUGGCCUGCUGCGGGGUGCCCCUCAUCACCGAGGACAUGCAGUCCCUGGCCAUCCGCACCCUCUCGGGCACCGACAUCAGCAAGCACUACGACCUCAUCCGCGAGCUCGGCAAGGGCACCUACGGCAAGGUGGACCUGGUGUCCCACAAAAGCACAGGCACCAAGAUGGCCCUGAAGUUCGUCAACAAGAGCAAGACGAAGCUGAAGAACUUCCUGCGGGAGUUCAGCAUCACCAACACGCUCUCCUCCAGCCCCUUCAUCAUCAAGGUCUUCGAUGUGGUCUUCGAGACCGAGGACUGCUACGUCUUCGCUCAGGAGUACGCCCCCGGCGGGGACCUCUUCGACAUCAUCCCACCACAGGUGGGGCUCCCCGAGGAGCUGGUGAAGCGCUGCGUGCAGCAGCUGGGCCUGGCCCUCGACUACAUGCACAGCAAGAGCCUGGUGCACCGGGACAUCAAACCGGAGAACGUCCUGCUCUUCGACCGCGACUGCCGCCGCAUCAAACUGGCCGACUUCGGCAUGACCCGCAAGGUGGGCUGCCGGGUCAAGCGCAUCAGCGGCACCAUCCCCUACACGGCGCCCGAGGUUUGCCAAGCCGGGCGGGCGGAGGGCUUCGCCGUGGACACCAGCAUCGACGUCUGGGCUUUCGGGGUGCUCAUCUUCUGCGUCCUCACCGGUAACUUCCCCUGGGAGGCGGCGGCGGCUUCCGACGCCUUCUUCGAGGAGUUUGUGCGGUGGCAGAAGGGGCGGCUGGGGGGGCUGCCCUCGCAGUGGCGACGCUUCACAGACAGCGCCCUGCGCAUGUUCCAGCGCCUGCUGGCCCUCGACCCCGAGAAGCGCUGUCCCGUCAAGGAGGUCUUCUACUUCAUCAAGUGCGACCUGAUGGCCGAGGUGCGGCGCCGACCCUCCUACCGCUCCCGCAAGCACGCCGGGGACAAGCUCCCCGCCGGUCCCCAUCGCCACGAGGCGGCCGGCUCCUGCACCCCGGCUCCGCUCAAGAGGACCGUCCUGACCGAAGGGAGCGGACCGCGCGGCUCCGAGCCGAGCGCGGCCCCCCCGGGGACGGCGAGCAGGACAGACGGACGGCAGGACAAAGGCAAAGGGCAGAUGGUCCUGGCCACAGCAAUAGAGAUCUGCGUCUGACGGCGCCGGGGCGGCACGCGGCGGCCGCCCGUCCCGUCCCGUCCCCCGGCCUCGGGGAUGGGGGGUGUUGCUCGUGGUGGUGGCACGAGCCGGGACCGGGCUCCGGAUCUCCCAAAGCAAAAAAAAGAAAAGAAACAAAAACGAAGAGGAAAAGGACAAAACCGGUUGCGCUCUGUAGCGCCGAGGAUGCUGAUCCCCCCCGCCCUGCCUGGGUGAUGCCGGCAGCGGGAGCCCAGCCGAGGGCACCGCUCGCUACCGGGGAGGACGUCGGUGCCCCUGGCUCCUGCCGUGGCCGUGCCGCCCCCUCCAAGGGUCCCCCCCAGGGUGGCACGAGGAGGAGUCUCCCAAUACGGGGAGGAAGAGCUCGGGGGGGGGGGGGGUUGCGUGGGUGGGGGCCACCACCCAGGGCUGGGGGCUGCGGGGCAGCCAGCACCCCCCCGGCUCUCCCUCACCCCGUGCUCGGCCCCCGGCCGGGGCGAGGGAAGGCCGAUGACCCCCGCACGGUGGAGGAGGCCUCUGGGGAGGUUUGGGUGGGUGGUGAUUUGCCCCCUUCCACGGGUCCCUGCCCCACCGGUGGGGACCAGGAGGGGAUGGGGAGGUGGGCGCCGUGGCCGGUGAUGGGCAGCUGGGGCUGGGGGGGGGGGGGGUCACCGGCAGCCCGGGACCCCCGGCAGCCCCGGCUGCCUCCCUGCCACGGGAGGUGCUGGCAGCCAUCGAUGUAGCAAAGCGUCCCUGUCUGUGUGUCGUCGUGCGUCCCAGCCGCAGCCGCUGGCAGCCCCUGUCCCCCCUGCCCUGUCCCGCCGGGCGGCCACGGUCCCCUCGCAGGCGGGAGCUGCGCUCCGGGCUUCGGCCGGUGGCCGCGGUGCCGGCUAUCCGGCAGGUCGGAUGCUCGGGGCCGGGCUGGCUCUGCCGUGGCGUUGUCCCCUUGUCCCCUCUGCAGACUUUUUGUACCCAGGGACUGGAAAAGGUGGCGGCGGUGCAUCUCCAGGCUGGUCUGCGCAACCUGGGGAGCAGGGGAUGGGGGCUUCGAGCGGCCUCCCGAAGCUCCGCGUGGUUCCCUGUGCUGUCCCCGUCACCCCUCCUUGCUGUCACCCCUUCCCCAAACCCCGGUUCCCCUCCCCUGAGGCUGGCAGGGAGGAGGCAGCGGGGUAAAUCCCACCCGGGGCCGGCUGCGGCGAGGCAGGGUGGCGGUGGCAGGAGCCGCUGGUGGCCCCUUAGUGACAAUGUCACGGGGGGGGGGGGGUGUGUGGGGGGGGUCACAACUCCCCUCCUGGUUUUGGGCACCCAGGGCGGCGGGGGGCUCACCCCGCUGCUGGGGUGGGGAGGCUGGGGGGGCACCCUAAGGUGGCUGCACCCAAGCCCUGGCACAUUUCGGGCUUCCCUCCCAUCGGGUGGGCGCCGUGGGGACCCCCAGUCCCCCGGCCCCUCCGGCCCCCCAAUUCCCGCACAAAGGGCUAUAACGCUAUUCAGCAGCAGCAGCAGUUUACACAGCAGGCGGGUGCCCGGCCGGCCCCCCCCGCCACCGCCGCUGCCCCCCCCCCUCCCCGUCCCCGCAGCACCCACCCCUGCCCGCCGCCCGCCCGCGGUGCCAGGGCCGAGGGCCGGUUUUAGAAGUAGCAUUGCCCCGAUGUAGAGACGCUAGGCGCGGUUUUUUCUCCUUUUUGCCUUAGGUCCCUCGAUGUCCUCGAUCUUUCGUGCAAUAAUGUAGAUAAGGGAUCCCGGCCGUCCCUGGGAGGGCUCGGUUGUACCUCCCCGGGCGGUCUGUCCCACGGCGGGGGGCCCGGGUGUGAUUUCUGUUCCCGUCGAGGUCGCUGUGUCGGUAGGUUGUCGGGUUUUUAUUUCCAAUUCCCUCGGCUGUCGGGUUUCGGACCUUCUUCCCGUAGGAGAGGCUGUAGUGUCACAGACGUUACCUCAGUUUGUCACUGUUGAAAAGGAUUAAAAAAAAAAAAACAAACAAAAAAAACAACUAA